UCCAUAAUGGAUGAAACCCCCAUUCUAAUUUCCCAUGUCUUGCCAUGCUUAUUUUGAGAUGGACAAGUGUCCCUUCACACCAAAAAAAAGAAACCUCUCAUUCUUAAAUUCUCUUCUUGUUUGAAAGCAAAUCACAUAUCACAUAUUUGUCACAGUGAUUCCACGAAUCUCAAAAAGUGCCACGUGUUAUGACUUCAUAAAUUAUAUAUGCAGCCUCCCUUUGGCCCUUAACCUAUAAAUAGAUUGACUUUGGUGGUGCAAAUCUCACACUUAAGCUGGUUUUUCUUCACUUAGAUACGUACAGAAUGGAGUGGUCUCCUCAACAAGCCAUGGAAGCUUACUUGAAUACUCUUCAAUUGUCUAAAAGUCUUCAUUAUCGAGAUAGAAAGCUCAUAGAACCAGAAUGUGUGGAACUCAUAUCAGCUUUAGCAGCUGGAAACAGAUCAAAAGUAAUAUUAGAAAUCACCACAGAAUGCAUAACACCCUUCACUAUCGCCCUUGCUAUGGCAGCCAAACUUAGCGGUGGCCGGCUAAUCUGCGUCCUCCCUUACCAUAAAAGCAACAAUGUUGAUUUAAAAUUACCACAUCAUGAAGAACUCAAAAAUGUGAUUGAGUUUGUAGUUGGGAAGAACCCUAAUGAAGUCAUCAAGAAGUUCAAGAAAGUUGACUUUCUAGUGAUUGAUUGUAAAUUUGGAGACCAUUUGAAGUUGUGGAAGAAUAAUCUUGAAGUGAUGAAUCCAAAAGGAUGUGUGGUUGUAACGAGAAAUAAUAAUAUUGGUGGAAUUUGUACAAGAAAGGUUUGUUUUAGUGAAAUCAUAAAAGGCAAGAAAGGGAUCGAGUGUGUCACUAUGCCUAUAGGAGAAGGUAUUGAGUUGACAAAGAUAAAAUCAUCUUCUUGCAAGAAAGAGAGUAGCAGAUUCAAAAGAUUUCAUGUUACAUUUGAGAACUGAGCUUGUUGUAGUCAUACUAGAUUCCAAGAGAUGUCAAGAGGUAUAACUGUAGAUAUAGAUCUGUAUCAGCAGAAAUAAUACGUUUGUUUAUAGUUAAUUAAUUACUUGGGGAUUUAUAUAUUUAAUUUCGUUAUUGAAGUGUUACGAUCCAAAUCUUACAC